AUGCGGAGAUUUGCGUUCAUUUCCGAACAGCCUCCAAUAUCCAGCGAGGAUCUUCUCAGCAAGUACAACGAGACACAAGAGGCCACCGCAUUUUCGGCAGAGUACGAAAAAAUACUCAAAGGAAAACUGAUUGCAGCAGCCAUUGAGGCACCUCUGUGCAGUCUGGCGGCCAAAAAGGGCAUGCCCAUACGCACCACUCGGGUAAACGGCUUGGCAGACGACUUCUACAGCAGCUUGCUGGACUGGCAGGGCAGCAGCAUUGCGUUUGCCCUGGACGAGAGAAUUUUUGUGCAGAAUUUCCUAACAGGAAAAACGUCACUGCUGGCCAGGGUGAGCAACGCAUACAUAACAUCUGUUAAAAUAUCUCCGCACGGAAACACUGUGUGUGCAGGCACAUGCACAGGAGACAUCGCUAUUAUAGACUUAGAGGGAAAGAUCGUUGCAAAAAGGCACGUGCACAAGUCCAGGAUAGGAGCCAUGGAGUGGAACGGCCGGCAGGCUGUGACGGGAAGCCGAGACAGGAGCAUACGAACCACAGACAUCCGCGCGCAGGAGGAGACCCGGAGCAUUUCCCUGCACACGCAGGAGGUGUGCGGCCUGGCAAACUCGCCCUCUGGAGAGUACCUGGCCACGGGCGGAAACGACAACAAGGUUUUCAUAGUCGACAACCGGUCAAACACGCCUGUGCACACUCUUCUGGCACACAAGGCUGCAGUCAAAGCCAUUUCGUGGUGCCCCGACAAGCUUGACACUCUGGCCACCGGCGGGGGGACUGCCGACAGAACAGUCAAAAUAUGGAAGCUGUCGAAGUCCAAAGAGGCUCUGGUGGACUCCAUUGACUACGGCUCGCAGGUGUGCAACAUCCGGUGGACAAAAAAAAACGAGCUUCUCACAACGCACGGGUACACGCAGAACGACGUGCGCAUACUGGACAUAGCCAAAAACAAGCAAACACAUGUGUUUGAGGGGCACAAAAACCGAGUGAUCCACUUUGGGAUGAGCGCAGACGAGGAAUACUUUGCAACAGGCUCCGGCGAUGAAACAAUGUGUGUGUGGAGGGCGCGGGAAAACGAUCUGGCGGACUUUCUAAUUCGGUAG